AUGGCUGCCUCAAAACGGUCUUCCUGGCUCUCCUCCACUCUUGCAGUUUAUGCAAUUCUCUGCUUCUCCAUCCCAGCAAACGCCCUCUACUUUUACGUGGAUGGCCGUCAAACAAGAUGCUUCUAUGAGGAGCUUCCCAAGGACACCCUCGUCGUCGGAACUUACUCCAGCGAGGUCAUUGACCAGACGUCCGGCACAGGCACAUACGCCGUCGACCCGUCGCUGAAGAUGCUCAUCACCGUAGACGAAGUCUUCGACAACGAUCACCGCGUGGUUAACAAGCGUGACUCUCAUGCUGGCCGAUUUACCUUUUCAGCUGCCGACCCCGGAAACCACAAGAUUUGCCUUACGCCGGAGACAAAUGCCGCUACGGGCGGGUGGCUGUCCGGUGCUCCUGCUGGUGCUGUUCGAGUGACGCUUGACAUGGCAAUCGGUGAGACGAGCAAGAUCGAGAGCGAGGAUAAGGGCAAGAUUUCGGAUCUGGUACAGCGGGUGAAGGAUCUAAACAGCCGGUUGCAGGAUAUCAGGCGAGAGCAGGUGUUCCAAAGAGAACGCGAAGCCGAGUUCCGUGACCAGUCUGAAGCGAUCAACUCGCGUGUUGUCCGCUGGACUCUAAUGCAGCUUGCCGUGCUAUCCGUCACAUGUGCUUGGCAAUUAUCCCACCUUCGGUCCUUCUUCAUCAAGCAGAAGCUGACCUAG